AUGAAGCUGCGUCACACUGAAUCAGACCCUCGGUACGUCAAGGACCCGCAGUCCCUCGACGCUGCCGUGCAGAACACGCUGUCGGUGCUCUACCCUCCCUUCGACAUCACCGCCCCAACAGUGCUGAGCCAGCUUUUCCGCGUCCUGGAAGCCAAAUACCACGGGGAUGGACUCUGCUGCCUCCUGGACUUCCUCAUCCCCUCCAAGCGCCUUCUGGAGCACGUGCGGCAGUCAGCCUGCGCUCCUUACGUCAGCCACGUUUUCCUCCACGAAGGCUGGCCCUUGUGCCUCCGCGACAAAGUGGUCGUCCACCUCGGGCCGCUCAACCCCCUCCUUCUGCGCCCCGGUGAUUUCUACCUGCAAGCCGAGCCCUGCGGCGAGCAGUCGGCCUGCCUGGCGGUGAAGUGUCUCUCCCGGGAUCUCACCACCGUGGAGAAGAUCCCCGUCCUGGAAGCCGCCUGCUCCCUGCUCUUCACUCGGGAGUGGCUGGAGGACGUCAACCGGGACCUCGGGAGGCCGGAGCUGCGGAACUGCCUGGUGGCCACCAGCGACGGGAUCGUCCCCGUGCCGUGGAGUGAAAUCGUCACGCCGGAAUUCGUCGAGAUACCUCAGGCCGAAGAUUCGGCGGGCAAAGACGCGCCGGCUCCCUCGGAUCCUCAGAGGAAGGCCGGCGCCAGGGGCGCGAGGGCCGCUCCGAGCAAGUACCCGGGCCUCAUUAAGGUGGAGCCGGGAUCGUGGACAAAAUCCACUCUGUUCGUCGUGCCGAGUCUGUGCGAUAUCAUCAGCGAGAAUCUGGAAGGGGAGUACGUCAACCUUCUGGGUUUCUCUGAGGAAAGGAAACCGGAUCUCUCUCCUCCCGCCAAGACGACCGCGUCGGCUGCGGCGCAGCCAGCGAGCAGGGAGUCACCUGAGGCCAAGGAGGGCCUUGCUUGGGUGACCAGAGAGGUCACAGCCACAGAAAGCUGGGCUUGUGGGAAGGGUGGGAACUCGGAGGAAGGCCCCUGCACCCCUUGCCUGAGGCGGAAACUGAGCCAAGACCCGGAGUUCCAGGAGACGAGGUGCCGGUACCGGGAGUCGUAUGUGGCAGCCCUCCAAAACCCCGUCAGCUUCAACUCGGGACUGAUGGCAGCCAUCCUGGAGGAGAUGGACACGGCCCAACCGGCCUCCCCCUGGGAGAGCGCAGGCGCCCAGCCUCCGGAGGGGUCAGACGAGGCCGCUCCCGGCAGCCUCUCGGACUGUCCAAACAAGGAAGGCAAAGCUGAGCAGGUGGCCAAGCCGGGACACGUGAAGCCGCCGAAGCCGCCCACGGAGCCUUCAGCUGCUGGCGGCAAGUUUUCCUUCUUGAAGGGCCACCGCCUGCAGGUCUCCUCGGGGGGCGGCUUGACCGUGGCGGAGAAAGCUGGCAAGGGCCAGGAGGGGCUUCGGAAGAAGACGUCCCUCGUGUGCUCCCCCGGAAUGGCCAGAGCCAAGCAGGCGGGCGGGAAAGGUACCCAUCAGGUUGAUGCUGUGCUUUCGGAAGUCCCCGUACACACGAGCCCAGAAAGCGCCACAGUGGACACUUCAUCCACGGACUCUCUUCCUCCCGGAUCCAGCUCCCAGGACCGUGUACCGUGGGAGAUUCCCAGCUCUGAGCUUCUAUCUUCUGGGAUAGCAUGUCUGCCAGGGAGCACCGAUAGACUUGGGAGAGCCCUCCUCCAGAUCACCACGAGCGGCUCAGCUUGGCAGGCCUCCUGGUGCUCCGUCCGAGAGGUGACGAACCUCCUCCUCUUCCUCGCCUCCCUCCCCAGGAAACCUGAGCAUGAUGCGGGGCUGACGGCUGUCAUUGAUGCCAGGAGAGAGCCGCUGUCCCCUGUCCUCUCUGCCGCACUGGACUCCGUCCAGAAGGCCUCCCCUGGCUCCAUCCGUGCCGUCCUGAUAUUGGCAGAGAAGGAGACUGUGCCCCAUCUGGACAAGUUCCCUGGCUUGCAGGUGGAGCUGCUGAGCUCUCUCAAGGCUCUGAGCCGCCAUGUGGAAAGUAGUCAGCUGACGCGGGCCCUGGAGGGCACCUUCCCGUAUUGCCACAGCGAGUGGGUUCAGUACUUCCAGAAGAUGCACCAGUUCGUGGGUGACCUCCGGAAGGCAUCCGAGUUGCUUCAAAGCACCAUCCAGGAGCUGGAGAAGAGGGACCCGCUGAGGACUCUGCAGGACGUUGUGCAGGAAACGGAGCGGCACCAGCAGCUGAUGCAGGGAGUCCUGUCCAACGGUCAGCUGCUGAGCCUGCAGCGAGAAGGCGGGGCCACGCUGGCCAGGCUGAGAAAGGAGGCGGCCCGACUCAGCUUCUCCCCGGAUGCCAGGAGCAGCAUUGAGUGUGCGCUGAGCCUCUACAACCUGGUGGAGGAACAAGUGCACACUCUGGUGACCAGAUCCAAUGGCCGCUUGGAGCACCUGCAGUUCCUGCGGAAGAUCCGAGAGCUGGAGGCCGAGUUCCGCAAGCUCAGUUUGUGGAUGGAGGAAGAAGGGGAGCUGGAGUUCCUGGAGGCGGAUUCUGCCGAGGCCGGCCAGGAGGGCGCUGAAGAGUCUUAUCGGAGGUUUAAGGAAUUCUUCAAAGAAGCCACUGUCCACUACAAUCGCGGUCUCUCGCUCUCCAAGGAGGCCGCCAAGAUCCAAGGAUCCAGAUUCCCAGAGUUGGAGGCUUUUGAGUCCGCCAAGGGGGCUUUCCAGGCCAAGCUGACCACGUUCUACAUGGAAAUGGAGAUGAGAGGGGCAGAGCUGGAGACUCUCCUGGAUCUCUACAAGUUCCGUGACAAGGUCAUGCGGUUUUCUCUCGACUGCAAGCGACACCUGGCCCAGUGGAGUGCCCGAGAGGAGGAGCCCUGCAGCACGGAGGCCCUGCGUGAAUGGGAGAGCUCUCUCCAGCCGCCCGCUGAGUUCUCCCCCGAGCAAUUCCAGCACAUGAAGGUCCAGGCGUCCAGCAUACGGAGCGGGAAGGGCCUCGAGGUGUGGGGCGAAGCGUUUGAGAAAUGCGAAGAGGCCAGGCAGAUCCUGCAAGGCGUGCUGGCCCGACGCAAGGAGCACCGAGAGGGGGGAGCCGGGGUCUGCGGAGAGAAGGGGGACCCUCUUAGCACGGAUCCCAACGCCCCAGGGGAGGAUCCCUACUUUGAUGGUGCGCUGGGGAGUACCAGGAACCAGGAGUGUCUGUUGGAACGCAACCAAAAGGAUCUGGAGACGGACAGAACUGGCUCUCGAGAGAAUCCUUCCUGUGGAGCCGUCACAAAAGAGCCGGGAAGGGAGGGGUCUUAUCUUGCUUCCCUGCAGGCUGUUCCUCAAAGCGGAGCCCCCGAGGGCCAGAACCCCGGUGAAGAGUCCCCGGAAAGUCUCCCCACGCCUUCGCCUUUAAUGCCUCCCGCCCGCCCCUCCUGUCCGAAGGCUAGCCACGCGCCAGAGACCUGUGAGGACCUGCCAUCCGCCGACUGGACGUGCGUGACUGUCCCGCGGAGAGGCCAACGCAGCCGGAGGAACGAAGCCGCCCAGUACUUCCAGCUCUCCCGACACGGGAGCUUUUCCUCAGAAGAUACCGAUUCCCAGAACUCCACUGAAGAGUCUCUGGGCUCCAGUGCGACAUUACCAAUGGACUCCGCAGGCCCCAAAGGCGCAUCACCUCAGGGAAAGGCUCUGGGGAUCCUGUACUUGGAGAACCACAGCGCGACCAGUCUGAACAGAGUGGCUUCCCAAUAAGUUCGACGAACCCAGGAGCUGAGGAUCCUCGACUCCUUCGCACGGCCUUCCCAGUGACUUCUUCGUGACGGGCUACAUUCCCAGAGGCUGCAGAAAGGCGGUCUCAUUCCCAUCUCAAAUUAUUCAUCUUCACCAGCAGUCUGGCUUCCAAGCCGGUAAGAACACCGGAGGCAGCUUUCACACGGAGCAUUUCCCCCAUUUCAGACACCCAACUUGUGCGUUUUGGGUUUUUUCCUGCUUCCACAUGACGUCAUCCUGCCUUCAUGCUCCAACUAUGGACAGCUUGUCUCUCUCCCUCCCCAAAUGCUUUUUUUCUAAAACCUGGAGAAAUAUGUAUUUUUCCCUGCAUGGUGCUACUAGGGUGUACUUUUCACUGUUUCUGGAACGGAAGGUACACUUUGGGGUUCAGCGAAAAGACACCUUUCCUCUCCUCUUCCUCCA